GUGGCCUGCACCUGGGAUUCUGCUGUGCAAAAGAGAACACAAUAAGGAAAGUCUCUGCAGCAUGCCAGCAUUCUACAGGAAUUACCCUCACAUGAGAAGCUGACUGCCUUCAGCCCCUCUCAUAGUCCCUGGAGCUUUGCCAUAGAAAGAACAGCCAAUAACCCAACACACAUCUUUAAAACUAUGGAUCCUGAGAAAGAUUCGAAUGUUAUGGAUAACCAUGCCUUCACUAAAAGAGAGCAUUUGUGCGAGAUCCCUGUAGAUGACAGUGAGAGAAAGAAGCAGGUGUCAGACGGGGAGGCGGAACAGAACAAGCUGGCCUACAGUGUGACUGACGUGCCCCCUUGGUACCUCUGCAUCAUCCUUGGGACUCAGCACUAUCUGACAGCUUUCGGAGGGAUCAUUGCCAUUCCCCUGAUUUUGUCGAAGGAGUUGUGUCUGGAGCAUGAUACCCUCACCCAGAGCCACCUGAUCAGCACCAUCUUCUUUGUGUCAGGGCUCUGUACUCUGCUUCAGGUCACAUUCGGGGUGAGGUUACCUAUCCUCCAAGGCGGGACCUUCACUUUCCUGGCCCCCUCCCUCGCCUUGCUGUCAAUGCCUCAGUGGAAGUGCCCAGCCUGGACUCAAAAUGCCAACCUUGUCAACACCAGCUCACCUGAGUACAUUGAAGUGUGGCAGUCCAGGAUUCGAGAGCUCCAGGGAUCCGUCAUGGUCGCAUCCUGCUUCCAGAUCUUUGUGGGAUUCUCUGGUCUCAUCGGUCUCUUUAUGAGGUUUAUUGGACCCCUAACGAUCGCGCCGACCAUCUCCCUCAUCGGAUUGUCUCUGUUUGAAUCAUCAGGGAACGAUGCAGGCAAACACUGGGGGAUCUCCGCCUUGACUGUCGGUAUCAUUGUGUUGUUCUCGCAGUACCUCCGACAUAUCCCUGUACCGAUGCCUGCUUACAGCAAGACCAAGAAGUUUCAUUCUUCCAAGAUUUAUGUUUUUCAGAUUCUACCGGUGCUGGCAGGAAUCACUGUGUCCUGGCUGAUCUGUUACAUCCUCACAGCGUACAGUGUCCUGCCAUCGGACCCAAAGGCAUACGGCUACUGGGCACGGACGGACUUGAAAGGGGAUGUGCUGGGCCAAUCGCCCUGGUUCCGCUUCCCAUACCCAGGUCAGUGGGGUAUGCCAACAGUCAGCCCUGCGGGGGUGUUUGGGAUUCUGGCAGGGGUGAUUUCCUCCAUGAUAGAGUCUGUCGGUGACUACCAUGCCUGUGCUCGUCUCUCGGGUGCUCCUCCCCCACCCAAACAUGCAAUCAACCGGGGAGUGGGCAUCGAAGGAAUUGGCUGUCUCAUGGCAGGAGCAUGGGGCACAGGCAAUGGGACCACCUCCUACAGUGAAAACGUGGGGGUGCUGGGCAUCACCAAGGUGGGCAGUCGGAUGGUGAUUGUGACCAGUGGCUUCCUGAUGAUUUUUAUGGGAAUGUUUGGGAAAAUUGCAGCUAUUUUCACUACAAUCCCAACACCUAUCAUAGGGGGUAUGUUCUUUGUGAUGUUUGGAGUGAUCACUGCUGCUGGAAUUUCAAACCUACAGUAUACCGAUAUGAACUCAUCCCGGAAUAUCUUUGUAUUUGGAUUCUCCAUGUUCACUGGGCUGGCUAUUCCCAGCUGGGUAUUUAAGCACCCUGGAGCCAUUGUGACAGGUGUGACGGAGCUGGAUCAGGUGCUUCGGGUUCUGUUGACGACUAGUAUGUUUGUGGGUGGCUUCUUUGGCUUCGUCCUGGAUAACACUAUUCCAGGGUCAAGGAAGGAGCGUGGCAUCGUCAUCUGGAAGGAAGCGCACCAGCAGUCUGGCGAGACUCUGGAGAGCGAAGAGAUGUACAACCUGCCCUUCGGGAUCGGGUCACGCAUCUGCACUGCAUCCUGGGUUCGGUAUAUACCCUUCUGUCCCAAACCAGCUGGGACCGGCAGUGACAAUGUAGGAAACAACGAGGACACAAUCAUGGAGAAGACUGGCCAGGCACUACCAAACAGAGAUACUCGGCUAUAGACGCUGUAUCCCCUUAACAUGAAAACCAUUAGCAUGUAUUUAUGAAUAAAGUAUUUAGAGGCUAACUAGGCAGGAUGCUGGAUUUGUUUGACAGAUCAGUAUCUCUCAACUAUUUCAGAAAAGUGGGCCAUCCUUGGUGUAUAUGCAAUAAUGAUUAAUUGUCCAGUAUUAUUAACUUGUUUUAUUAAAUUCCAACUUGCAGAACUUUGGCACACCCACUUGAAAAUUAUAAAAUUGCAAUAUCUGGAACGGAUUCAAAUAUUUUGCAUUUACUGAAACAGAUCCCCUUUUCAAACUUUUAAUAACUUCAAUUGAAUCUUACAGAGAAAAAAAUAACCUUAUAUUCCAAAAAUAUGUGACAAAUUAGUACCACAUUUCAGUUUCUAGAAAAAUGAAAUUAUGUAACAUAAAUACAUGAUUAUUUACCACUACAGUGAAGAGGUUUAUUAAUCAUACUGGACAAUGAGAAAUGACUCUGUUCCCAGCCAUUUCGUAUACCUGGGAGUGUAAUCUUUGAAAAUCAUGAUACAGCAUCUGCACUAAACAGGUUGACUGUAGAUUUCAGUUUAUCCAGUGAAUAGCUACCCUCAGGAAUGAGUUUCAGUUUUCUAAAUCAAGAACCCUUAUCCAUGUUCAAACUCCACUAAACCCUGACCAGCAGUAAUGUAUUUCUCAGGGUCAGGUAGCUCAGGUGUCCACUACAGUUCUGUGUCUGCCAGCUCUGUAAUUUUCAGACUUCAAGUAAGUGCCUUUGAUUUAAGGAACCUACAAUAUCUGACUAUCUCUAAAUAAACCUUAUUUAUUGGGGAUAAAGGAUUGGUACAUCGUCAUCCAUCUGUAUAUCACUCUUUUAUUUCUGCAUAUGUGUUGAGAAUGGCUCAUCAAAUUGUGAUUAAACAAUUCAAUUCUAAUUUUUAUUCUGUACUAUUCUGUACAACAUUUUUAUCAUCCUGGUAAUUUUGGAUUUACAGCUGUGGCAGGAGUUAAAGUAACGAUAGAGCAGAAACAACCUUUAUUUUAGUGCAGCUUGUAUUGACCUACUUUGUAAAUAACUAUGCCACGCUUUCACCCAGUCCGCCGUCGCUGUGUACACAUUUUCUCCCAGUUCUAAGAUACUAAGCCACAUUUCUUUAUCAGCAUUGUUUCUGCAGCAUUGGAAGGCUGCUACUGGUACUGCUGCUAUUGAAGUCAAACUGCUUGCACAGAGUUCCCUCUAGGGGGCAGUAAGGUACUACCUAAAAUAACACUGAACAGAUAUGACCCAUGCAUUGUGUACUUAGGGUUAACAAAGAAUCACUUACCAUGCUCAAGAGAGAGCUCACAACUUUAAAUUGGUAUUCCAGCCAGACACUGUAGCAAAGAAGCAUUUCAUCAAGCUUUCUUCUAAAAAGUAUCCAGUGGAUUAAUGUCUG